AGCGGCCUUGUUGCCUCGAGAGCCUGAACCCAACCAGAGAGGAGCUGCAAAAGAAAUGGCUUCAGCAGCUAAGCAAAGCAAGAAGCUGCGCGUCCUGCUCUUGCCCUUCUUCGCCAGCAGCCACAUCGGCCCCUACACCGACCUCGCCUUCCACCUCGCCGCAGCCAAGCCGGGCGCCGUUGAGGCCACCGUCGCCGUUACCCCGGCGAACGCCACGGUCGUCCGUUCGGCUCUCGCCCGGCGUGGCCCCAACGGCGGUGGCAUGGUCCAGGUAGCGACGUACGCGUUCCCGGCCGUGGACGGCCUCCCGCCGGGCGUCGAGAACCUCUCCAUGGUCGCGGCCGCGGACGCCUGGCGCAUCGAUGUUGCUGCCUCCGACGAGAAUCUGAUGCGGCCGGGGCAAGAAGGUCUCAUCAGGGAGCGGUCGCCGGACGCCGUCAUCACCGACUUCCACUUCUUCUGGAACGUCGACAUUGCUGCAGACCUAGGAGUGCCGUGUGUCACAUUUCACGCUAUAGGUACAUUCCCAACGCUGGCCCUGACGCACCUUGGAAACGCUGGUGUCGAUGACGCCAACGCCAAUGUGGCAACUGUCCCUGGGUUUCCAAGCCCAGAUAUACGGGUCCCCAUCACGGAGCUGCCGGAAUUCAUGAGGGGCCAACAAGCAACCUCCCUCCCCAAGGAGAACCGGUUUGCUGUGGCGCAAAGACGAUGCCUUGGAAUCGCCGUCAACACUUUCUUUGAUCUGGAGCAUGGGUACUGCGAAUUGUACGUGCGCAAUGGCUAUGUGAAGCGCACCUACCUUGUUGGCCCCCUCUUGCUGCCACUGCCAUUGCCAUCAGCCGGAGCAAGCGCCGGCGACUCACCGUGCAUCCGUUGGUUGGACACGAAGCCAGCCCAGUCGGUCGUGUACCUAUGCUUCGGAAGCUUGAGUCAUGUCUCCGAGGUUCAGCUUCGCGAGCUGGCUCUAGGAUUAGAAGCCUCCGGGAAGUGCUUCUUGUGGGUGGUCAGGGCUAAUACUUGGAUGCCACCGGAGGGGUGGAAGGAGCGUGUUGGGGACAGAGGGAUGGUCAUCACAGGGUGGGCCCCGCAAACGGCGAUCCUUUCACAUCCGGCGGUAGGGGCGUUCGUGACACACUGUGGAUGGAACUCCGUCCUGGAGACCAUAGCCGCCGGCGUGCCGGUGCUGAAAUGGCCUAUGGUGUUCGAGCAGUUCAUCACCGAGAGGUUCGUGACCGAGGUUAUCGCGAUCGGGAAGCGCCUAUGGCCAGAGGGUGCCGGGGUCCGAAGCACGACGAGCAAGGAGCACGAGCUGGUUCCUGCCGAGGCGGUAGCGCAAGCGGUGGCCGCGUUCAUGGAGCCCGAAGGGCCAGGGGACGUGGCUAGGGCCAGGGUAAAGGAGCUCUCCGCGAAGGCUCACGCUGCCGUGGCGGAAGGAGGUUCCUCUCACCGUGAUCUGCACUGCCUGAUCGACGACCUGAUGGAAGCAAGAGCGGCCGCUGCAGCGGCGAGACCAUAGUUGUUUCUGAAGGAAUCUGGCGCGCCUGAUUCGGGUUGGAGUUCAGACAUUGUAUCCUGCUUCGCUGUUUGGCCAACACUACUCUUAGCAUGUCUUUUUGAAAUGAGCCAGGAGACCUGCUGCUAUAUUAAAAAAGAGAAAAGCCCAACAAGCCGAGUACAAAAUAUUCUUUACAUAUUGUACACUCUCAUCCCGUUAGCGGAAAAAAAUAAACAAAACUCUGCUAGGGCAACUACAAAUGUCAUGCCGCGUAAACGAAAGACUCUAAAUGUUUAGCUCCCGCCGUGAUCCA